AGUUAACUCCUGAACUUCGUAGUCAGAAAAAUUCAGAUUUAUAAAAUAGCAGGGAAAACACCAUAGACUGGACAUGGCAUUUCGCCGAAGAAACAAGAGUUACCCUUUCUUCAGCCAGGAGUUCUUAAUUCAGAACCAUGCCGACAUCGUCUUCAGCUUGGUGAUUUUCAUUUUGAUUGGAUUGAUGUUUGAGGCAACAGCAAAGACAGCCAUACUGUUUAUUCAGCCACAGUACAAUGUAACAACACUAUCACCAGAGGGAGAGGUGACGCUGUACCAUUACGGAUGGAAGGACAGUGCCACCAUCCUUUUUUACUUCUUUAUCGCCAUCAUCCUCCACGCUGUGGUGCAGGAGUAUCUUCUGGAUAAAGUGAACCGGCGUCUGCACCUCUCCAAGAGCAAGAACACAAAGUUUAAUGAGUCGGGUCAGCUAUGUGUGUUUCACCUGGUGUCGAGUGUGUGGAGUUUUUACAUCCUCAUUACAGAAGGAUAUCUCCUGCAUCCCAGCAGCCUUUGGGAGAAUUAUCCCCAUGUUCACCUCAGGUUUCAGGUGAAGUUUUUCUACCUCACUCAGCUGGCGUACUGGCUUCAUGCCCUACCGGAGCUCUACUUCCAGAAAGUACGCAAGGAGGAGAUUUCUCGGCAGCUGCAGUACAUCUGUCUUUAUCUGCUUCACAUCUCUGCAGCAUAUUUGUUAAAUAUGAGUCGUGUUGGUCUGGUGCUUCUCUUUCUUCAGUAUGUGUCAGAACUGGGCUUCCACAUCGCCAGACUUUUUUACUUCACAGAUGAGAACCAUCAAAAAAUGUUUGACCUGUGGGCGGUCAGCUUUGUGUUUACUCGAAUGGCCACUCUGACCCUGAUGUUCCUGGCUGUUGGGUUUGGAUUGGCCCGAGCUGAGAACCAGGGACUGGACUGGGAGAUGGGCAACUUUAACACUGUCUUGAUAAGGAUGACUCUUCUACUGCUGGUAUGUUUGACCCAAUCCUGGCUUCUCUGGAAGUUUAUUCGCUUCCAGCUGAGACGCUGGAGGGAGUUCAGACACGAACAGGCUGUGCGCAAGAAGACUGCUACGAAACAAGCCCUGCGGCCCCUGAAGAGAGACUCACUGGGUCAUCAUGAAAACGGAGUACUCAAGGCUGAGAAUGGAGCUUCUCCUCGGACCAAAAAACUAAAAUCUCCCUAAGAUAUCACACUGACCGGCCUGAACAGCUACCUUAGCACUGGCUGAGGUUUCUCAUCAGCACAACGAGGAAGCUUGCGAGCUUCCUGUUGAUUGUGUACUGAGAUGUUACAAAGACUCAGUCACAACAGACUUUGGCUUGAAUGCUGGAAAAACAAAAAAAUCCACGGGAACCUCUCAAGCCUGACAGACAUUUACUCUUCUCAUCAUAUCAGUAUUUUUUAUACAUCCACGCAGCCUGCUAUCCUUCCCCAAGGAGCACCAUUGUACGCAGAAUGAUUCAAAUGUUAAGUGUGUGACACACAUGCUGUUGUGUGUCAGCGCUGAAUGUGUCGAUCCUCAUACAUAAGUACUGUAUUGGUCGUAGUGUUGUCUGAUGCUGCAGCUGUUUUUCAGCUUUCAACAUUGAGCCGCCUUUGCUUGUUUUCUUGUCUGUUCUUUUGGAGCAGAAACAUGUUACUGAUCAUGUCAUCGUCUGAUGUUAUUGUAUGAUAUGAGCUCACUGGGUCCUGGUCUUAACAUGAAUCCUCAGCCCUGUCAGAGGAGGGAUUUUAGAUGAUCAUAGUGGUCACCUGAGAUCCUCCCAAUGAUUUAUCUCCAUUUAAAAUCCUACAUGUCACUGGUCACAUAACAAACAAGCAUCAAGUACGUAUGAUGGAUAUUACCGCAUGCCAUUCCAUUUUUUUGUUCUUUUAUUUUGUUAAUUACUUUAU